UACAAUAGAGCUACGGACUUACUUUAGUUUCCGUGCCAAACAAAAUCAAUGCUGUCACACUCGUUGCAGAUAGACGAAAUUUGGUCUUCCUCAUCCUUCUUCACGUGAUGCUUUUAUUUUUGCGGAAGCGGGGACAAAAUCAAAAAGGUGGCUCAUUCUGCAACUUUUGUAGAUUUUACUCUGUUUAUGCACUAUUUGAACUGCCUCUUUUGAUGGUGCUCUUGGUUGCUCAGCGUGGCUCCUCGACAGCUUCCGAAAUGUUUAUCACCGCCGCGAACGUGCUGGGUGCCGAUGACAGAAACGUCGCAGAGAAGAAACAGGACUUGCGCGAUCUGUCCUAUCCCGCGCCGAAGUUUUUUCCGUUCCACCCACACCGCCUGGUGAUGGAGACCGUUCCGGGAACGUGCAACCUGUUUCUGCACAGGCAUCUGUGCGAAGAGUGGUCCGCCGGCAAGGCGUUUGAAUUUGACCCGCACAACCGGGAAGCCAUGGCCUCCGUGCUCCACGACUGCUUCUAUCGGUUAUAUGAAUCAUCUCGCGCAGAAGCAGAAGCAGCCGGAGCAGGUGGAAGUACAGUGACAAGGUCUACUUCGUUGGCUCCUACUCCGUGUAGAGUGGUCGAUGUGGGAAGCAAUGUGGGAAUGGCGACGGGUUUGGCUGCGAGCCUCGGAGCCCAGGUUCUGGCAUUUGAGCCCCAAAGCGACCUGACCACCGCUCUGGAAAAAACCGUCGUCGUCAAUCCCGGUUGGCAAGACCGCGUCCGCGUGUUCAGUGGGUUUGCGACUUUUGACCGAGAAAAGAAAGGCGUCGUGAAAAAGGUUCUCAAGACGAGGCACGAGACAAAAGCGACAACUCUCCGCCAAGGAAAUACCGAUCCCUCAACGGCAUCAUCCAGUCGAAGUGCGGGCACUCGCAGCGGGUCAAAAUCGGAUCCCAUUCCUCAGUUUUCGACCGGGCAGCAGUACCGUCUGGGAGACGGAGACAACUUCGGUCUUUUCCGCGCACGAGCGGAAAAUGUCACGUUUCGCGUCCUCCAGGAGGAUAUCCCGUGGGGUUUCGCAAGCUUGAGCGCGAAGCACAAAAAUAAACCAACAUUUGUUCCCAACCAGACGAGUGAUCAGGCAAAGCUGUCUGAAGCGACCCCACAAACUGUAGACCCGCAAGAACCUCCGCCAGGCCGCGACGUGGAAGACGAAGUCGUUCCGAAAGAAAACUCUACUACCAAGAAACCUCCGGUUUUGGCGCUGGAUUUGGUGAAGAUUGAUACCGACACGGUGGACGGGGAGCUUUUGCGCGGCUUCCUGGCGUACCAGAAGCGUGCCCUCUGGCGCGUAAAGAACUGGCUGUUCGAGGGUACCGGUGUCACCCCGGAGAUCCUGUACGACUUUCUGCAAGCGCAGGACCUCCCGAAAGACCAACCGCCAGCCGCGACGGGCGACCACCAGGUGCAUGAUGGGCAGACUAGUACUAGAAUUGGUACAACUGCUGGUAGAAGCGUGCAGCCCCGCCGGGCGUACUACACGAUCUACCGUCUGAACAUGCACAACGGGUUCCGCUUCUUCAACGCCUCCGGCCACGACGUGCUGUCCGAAUUUCGCCCCCUUCCCCCGAGCUCCGAGGUGGACCAGUGGGGCCGCGAGGUUUUUUCACAGCGGCUCAUCAAAAACGCGAUCCGGGUCAAGGAUCUUGCGGAGCUCGAAGCCUCGUGCGCAGAACGAGAGCACGGAGGAGCCGACCAACGGCAGCAGGCGGGAACAAAACAGAACUUGCAAGAUCAACAGCAGACAAUGGGUCGCGAAGACGAGGAGGCUAGAAGUGGUGCAGCCGGGCGGACGAUCGUUAAAGCGUGUGUCCUCGAGCUGCUGGCCGGCGCCUCGUGGCCUCGACGGGACAUCGCCGCGUUGACGCACUUCUUUGUAACCACCGAAGAAUUCGAGGAGGCGCCGGUGAUGCGGUGGGUGCACACCGGUCCGUGGUGGCCCACCGAAGAGCCCGGGUCAGCCCGGUCCCGGAAUCGGUACGCGUACCCGCACCCGAAGCUCUGGGAACCAGCCGCAUACGAAAAGGUGUACAAGCAGAGGAAAAACGACCCAGCUUCCCCAGAAGUAGAUUUUUACUCGCAUUCGCGGCCAAAGCGCGACGCCGGGUUUCUCCUUGGCGACCAACUGGUUGUAGCCACACCGGUGCGCGUCAACGGUACGAUGCGGGAGCACUAUCGCGGAGCGCUGCGCCGCCGGACAAGGAGCGCAGCAAUUCAUACGGCUCGCAAAAAUGUUCAUCGGAUGCACUAGAAGGAUGUACUUAGAAGUCUGUUAAUGCGCGAUGAAUAGGAUACACUUAAUUUGUUCUCCAUGCAGGCCCGCCGCCUGCAGUCCUAUUGCCUUUGUACUCGUCGACCUUGCGUAGAAGAAAAAUUCAUUGUGUGAGGAAACUUUAUUCUGCUGUUGGAGUACGUACAGACAUGUAGCUGGCCGAUAGAAGACCGAUGAGCAACGACAUUCGGAACCACAGAGCCAAAUUAGCAAAGAAGCCUCGAAAGUGAACGGUUCGAUUGUCGUUAUCAAAUUGUCGGAGCUGAUCAACUAAAUCUAAAUCGAAAUGUUUGCGUCAGAGAUGUUCGAAAGAGCAAGAACCGAAGCCCUGCUGAGAAAAU